AUGGCGGCAAAGCAAAAGGUUCACACUAGUGAUCAAUUAAGCUUAGAGCAUUCUUACACUGCAACGAUUAGCGAUCGCAAUUCAAAGUCCGAUAGUCGCCGCGAUAUCCGCGAGUCACGAAGUUUUCGGAACAGACGUUCGGACAUUCCCUUCUAUUAUUUUGAUGAAACGGAGUUCCCGAUCAAAAAGUGUGUGUCCCCAUUCGCAAAGACCGACAGCGAUACAGUACAGUAUUGUUGUACAGCCCUCCUUCCUAUAUGCGAUCCUCUCAUAAGCCUCUAUUUCCCCUCGAGACAAGGACAACUGUAUCAAGCAUUCCAAGAAGUCCCUCAAUAUCCGCCAGCCGAUGAGUUACCGUAA